CCCGCGGGGAACACUUGAGCGGCGCCGAACGCUCCGCUUCCCAGGCUCGGCGCGCGCCCCUGAACCGCGAACGAAGCGCGCGCCCGUCGCUUUUAGCCGCCCGCUUCGUUCGGCGCUCAGGCCUUAAUUGGGGGGGGGGGGGGGGAAGGAGACACAACAUGGCGCUCGUGCCCGGGCAGGUGCUGCGGGUCGCCAUCCUCCUCUCCUAUUUUUCCAUCCUGUGCAAUUACAAGGCCAUUGACAUGCCAGCGCACCAGACCUAUGGAGGCAGCUGGAAAUUUCUGACCUUCAUUAACCUGGUGGUUCAAGCAGUCUUUUUUGGGAUCUGUGUACUGACUGACCUUUCCAGCCUUCUGACUAAAGGAAAUGACAGCCAAGAACAAGAAAGGCAACUAAGAAAACUCAUCUCUCUCCGUGAUUGGAUGAUGGCUGUUUUAGCUUUUCCCAUUGGGGUUUUUGUUGUGCUAAUGUUUUGGAGCAUCUAUAUCUAUGACAGAGAACUUGUUUACCCCAAGCUUCUUGAUAAUUUUAUACCAACUUGGCUGAAUCAUGGAAUGCAUACAACUGUCUUACCCUUUAUAUUAAUUGAGAUGAGAACGACACAUCAUGAAUAUCCCAGCAGGACCUACGGACUGAUUGCUGUGUGCACUAUUUCAGUUUGCUACAUAUUAUGGGUCUGUUGGAUAUAUCAUGUGACUGGGGUUUGGGUAUAUCCUCUUCUGGAUUACCUUGGUUCAACUGCUAAAAUUGUCUUCUUUGCCACUGUAACUGUAGUGAUAAAUACCUUUUACUUGCUGGGUGAAAUACUAAACAACUGCAUAUGGGAUACACAAAAAUGUAUAGAAGAAGGAAAAGGAAAACCUAAAUCAGACUGAACACAGGAUAAAAGAAGAAAAUAGAAGACCUGCUGUUAUAUGAAUGGCAUCUCAUAACAUCAAAAGAAAUUUCAAAGAGGCAUUUAUAUUAACAGUGCAUUCAAAAUACUUUGUUUUUUAAAAUGGGAUGUUGAUUUUAUAAUCUUCUUAAUACCUUUGCUACAACAUUGGAAGAAUUGGGAAAUGGGUAUACCUCAUACCUGAAUAUGACAUUAUUUAUACAGAGAGAGGGUGUGAGUGUAUGGGGGUCUUUCCGGCAACUGCUUUAAGAAUGAAGAAAUAUCUAUUUUGUCUUAGACUUGGAAACAUUAGAAAAGUCAAUCAUUUGAAUCAUUUGGGUUAAGUCAUAAAACUGCAUCUGUGAAAGGAUGGAUAAGCCCCUUUGAACAAAUUCAGGACCUUUGAUUAUGAAUCAAAGAGUUCUGAGUUGCUGCCAAUACAUCUGGAUACAGUGGUGUGUACCUGAAACAUAGGGCAUUCAGGUUUGGGGGUUGUCUGUGAAAGAUUUACGAAUCAAUAAAGAUCAAUGAAAGAUUCCCCUGAGUUAUAAAAAAAAAAGGGAGCAUCCUUAAUUUUUUAGAAUCUCUUUUUAAAUAAUUCAUUGAAGAAUAAUAUAACUUCUUCAAGACAAGGAGUUGGUUUAACUCAUGAUACCAAUCAUUAUAUCGUCUGAAAAAGCCACUUUUAAUUGAAACAUAUGCAUAUUAUUUCUUGCAUAUUAAUAAAGAACAUAUUCCUUUCUCCCGUUACCUAAUGGCCAAAUGUUUUUCUCUAUUUAGGUUUUUAUAGUCAGCGUCAGGUAUCUUGAUGAGCUUCCACCAUAUCAAGAAAUGACAAAGUCCAUUCUCCUGAGGCUUUUUUUCAUUAAAACUUUACCUAAAUGAAAAAUAACUCAUGGGAUACUGCUAUAUAGUAGUUAUUUAUAACUUGGUUUAUAAUCCAUAUUACACAAAGAAAACUGGAAUGGAGAUGCAUCUAGUGGGAACAACUGAAUUAGUACUGAUUCUGGUGCCCAAAUGAUUCAGAAUGACAGAGGGAGCAUUGAGCAGGCAGUGUGAGAAGUGAACAGUACAGUACAAAAAUUUUGGGAGGCCUUUGUUGUGACCUAGGCUCACUUAGUCAUUACAGGACACAAUUAUUCUCAAACAAAACUAUUUUAUUAUAACAUCUGAGAAUUACUUCAUUCCCAGCUUAGUCCAAAUUAAUUCCAAAACAAGUCCUUCAGAAAAAGUCAUUCGGGCUUAUCACAAACCUUUAUCUUCUUUGGCACCCUGCCAAAGGCCUUUCUUGGCAAAGCCUCACAAAGUUCAGAAAUGCCGAUUGGAAAACAGAUUUAGCAACGUUGCUUUCCUACAAAGAGCCCAAGAGCCUUUGCUGCUCUUUUAAGCCUUCUGGGAGGGGCCAAUCAUCUCCUGGCCUUACUCCUGAGUCGUCCUUUUUGCUUUAGCUGCUCUUGCCUUCUGGCAGCUCUGUGCAUGCGCGCACUAGGAACAGGCUCCUUCUGUUCCUCUGCCUCUCUGAUGUCCAACUCUGGAGGCUCUGGAGUCCGCACAUCACUCCCAGAUGGCCCUGGCCCCAUCUCUGUCUCCGACGCAGAGCCCUCGUCUGGGCCUUCCCCAGACUCCAGGACUGGCCCAUGCUCCUCCCCAGCGGCCUCACUGUCCGACUCCGCUGCUAGCUCCACAGGCUGCUGGCAGAUCACAACAGCCUGCUGUAAGAUCCCAGGAGAAAAACAGGCAACUUUUAUAGUGUUGUACACUAGAUAAUCGGUUGAAAUGUUCUAAUUGUGCCAGAAGUAUGGUCCUUGAAAUGGACUGCUCUAACUGCAUGUUGAUUCAAAUUAGUAUUAAUAACUUCACAAUUGUAAAACAGGCUGCUUCCAACACACAAGCAGCAUGUGUGUGUGUGUAUAACGUUUGAAUGUAACAUUUGAAAGUACAGGUAGUCCUCAACAACAGUUCACAUAAUGAUGAUCAAAGUUUUAACAGCAUUGAAAAAAGUGACUUAUGAGUGUUUUUCACACUUACGACUGUUAUGGCAUCCUGGUCACAUGAUCAAAAUUCAGAUGCUUGCAACUGACUCAUAUUUAUGACGGUUGCAGUGUCCCAAGGUCAUGCAAUCCCCUUUUGCGACCUUCUGACAAGCAAAGUCAAUGGGAAGGCCAGAUUCACUUAACAACCUUGUUACUAACUUAACAACUGCAGUGAUUCACUUAACAACUCUGGCAAGAAAGGUCAUAAAAUGGGGCAAAAUUCACUUAACAACUGUCGCUUAGCAAUAGAAAUUUUGGGUACGAUUGUGGUCAUAAGUGAUGGAUUACCUGUAUAUGUGUUUUACUUGCCAAGGAAAUUUUGUGGAAAAUUCUGAUGAGACCAAUACAAUUUGGUGUGGCAAUAGUGAGGAAAGUGGUGGCAACUCUGAUAAACGAUCACAUUUGCCAACAGAACUUCCUAUUACAAAAUAAUUAUUUUUCAUCUAAGGGCAUCCCCUGAAAAGAUUAUAGUAAAUCAUUGGAAUGAUUCUCCUAGACCUCCUAGAGCUAGAAAAAUAUUUAGCAACAAUAGCUCUAAACAAAAUUCAUGGUGGACUAGAAAAGAACUAAUAAAGUACUGAAACAAACAUCCUGAAAUAAAAGGAAAUAGUCAGAAAGGGCAACUUUGAAAUACAUGCUUUUAAAGACAAAAAUGAAAGAAGAAGUAGGUAACACUCAACAAGAUGGGAAGAGCAUCUUGUGUACCAAAAAUGAAGGGUUGGUUCAGUUAAUGGAAAAGCUUUAAAAUGAGGAGUAACCAAAUUUAUACCAUAAUACAGUUUUUCCCAUAUAACUGAGGGAUUUAUGAUAUAAACCUAUUUAUGUCUAAGUGAGAGAUCGGAAUGCUGUAUUGGGGCUUUUUCCUUGGUAAGUGGCUUAUGACUGCAUUUACUAUUUGCAACAACAGCUGAAAGAUCUCAGUUGAAUCACAUAUUAUUUAUCAGGAAAUAUUUACAGAUGCUGUAAAUUGAAGAUAUAUAACACUUCACUGGUACAAUGUAAAUUAAGGCUUUGUUGUCAACAAUGUAAAUUCAACUUGAUAAAAAAUAAAUGCCUGCAGUUUUGUUAAUAGUACUCAAGCAUGUUCAUAUGGCAAGGCUUACAUAACUCAUUUUUUUGCUGCUGGUACUUUAUGUCUGUAUUUCUCAUUCUCAUUGUUUUAUUCAUUAACUAAGUGUAUCUUCUGAGUUCUUGUAGCAACAUCGCUCCUUCCUUCCUACUUCUUGUUUCCAAGGAAGUGACUGAUGCCUAGAAACUACAGUGUGAAUUCUUAUUACUGGCCUGAAGUCUCAUGUUUAUUUUGCUGAUAAGGAUAAUGUGAGGAUAGGUCCUUAGUAUGCCACAGCUGACCAAAGGAUGUACAAAUAGCCAGUUACAAAUACCACCACUUGAUAAGUGGGAAGGGUGGCCACCAGUGCCCCCCUCUUCAACAAAAGAACAGAUUACAGCUAUAAUCUCGGUAAAUUUAAUAGUAAAUCACUUGGGAACAUUUUAAGUAUUAAGAUUACAAAAGAGCUGGUACAAAGUAAAGAAUUAUGAAUGAACUGGAUAUAAAUUUCAAUAGAUCUAUUUUUGUUUAUAAACUGGACCUUUUUCUUAUUUUAAAAACUGGUUCAGAGUAGCUUGUUUUCUAUUUAAGGGGGAAAGUAUUGGACUUCGGUAACAAAACAAUGUUUUCUGCUUUACAGAGAUGCUUAUGCUUUCUUACAAAAUAUCUCAAAAAUCAGUCCAGAUACGAGUCUAUAAUUGUAGGGUCUUCUUCUAAAGAUUUAUAUAAAAAUUUAUGGUGAUUUGGUCUGUCAAACAUGCUAAAAUAAUACAGGUUUAGAUUUAGUACCACUCCAUGAACAGCAGCUUUCUUGUCAACAAAAAAGCAGGAACAAAAUCUGGAUCAAAAACAUAUUCUUUUGCUGAGCUUUCCCAAGCUAAGACUAACCUUUGUACUUGUCAUGUUUAGUCUGUAAAUAAUUGGCCAAGAUUGAAAUGGUUAAUACACAUAUGUGCAAAUGUAUCUUGUUUGUGAAUUUCAGUUCAAUGUGAUAAGAUUUUUUUAAAGUCUGUUUAGAUACCACUUUAAGUAGAAAUCAUGUCAUUUACACAUAUUUUUAAAACACAGUUUAUUAAAAUGUUAAACCUUUACCACAUGGAUAAUAUUGCCCAAUCUUUCCAUUGCACAGUCCAUAAGCAGAGAAUGAACACAAGUCAAAGAUUUUAUGUUGAGGGUGACACUGACCUUCCAUCAUAAUAAAAUAAUCUUUGCUAUA